UUUCUUAUCACUUUUCCACUUUCCCCUCCAAAAAGUAGACGAAAAAAUAAAAACAACCAAAUGUUUUCCCGAAAGUGUUUUCCUCUUUUUAUCCAAUUUUCCAACAGAUCCUUUUGUGCAUUCUCAUCAAUUACUCCCGAAAUUCGUAUUGUCGAAGUCGGACCUCGAGAUGGCCUUCAAAAUGAGCCAACCAUUCUGCCAGCUUCAACUAAAAUCUCACUCAUAAACCAAUUAUCUGAAACUGGCUUACAAACAAUUGAAGCUACAAGUUUUGUUAGUCCAAAAUGGGUACCCCAAAUGGGUGACAAUACCGAAGUCCUAAAAGGAAUCAAACGAAAAUCAGGAAUUUCUUAUCCUGUUCUAACACCGAAUAUGAAAGGUUUUGAAAGUGCUCUCUUAGCUGGCGCUGAAGAGGUUGCCAUUUUUGGGGCAGCUUCAGAUUCUUUCUCUCGCAAGAAUGUCAACUGCUCCGCAGCUGAGAGUAUCGAAAGAUUUCGACCAAUUAUUGAAGCGGCUAAAAAAGCCAAUGUCAAGGUCAGGGGCUAUGUGUCCACUGUGAUUGGUUGUCCAUAUGAAGGACAAAUUGAUCCGAAGGCAGUGGCCAAAUUUGUUGAUAUUAUGUUUGGGAUGGGUUGUUAUGAAAUAUCGUUGGGUGAUACAAUUGGAGUUGGGACUCCAGGUACAUUCCGAAAGAUGCUCGAUGAAGUUGUUAAAGUUGUUCCAGCGAAGAAGUUGGCUGUGCAUUGUCAUGAUACUUAUGGACAAGCACUUCCAAAUAUUCUAACUUCUCUUGAUUAUGGCAUUUCUGUUGUUGAUUCAUCGAUAUCGGGAUUGGGUGGUUGUCCAUAUGCUAAAGGAGCAUCUGGUAAUGCAGCUACAGAAGAUGUUGUUUAUAUGUUACAUGGAAUGGGCAUUAAGACUGGUAUUGAUUUGGACAAACUUAUCGAUGUGGGGAAAUUCAUUUGCUCGGAAUUGGGAAGACAAUCGGAGUCGAAAGUUAAUCGAGCUUCAAGGAGAUAAAAUAAGUUUGAUUUGAAAUGGGCAAAAAAGGGGCCGAUAGAGAUUGAAUUGUAAAAAUACUGUGAAAAAAUGCAUUUAUUUUGUUUAAACAAAGUUUUUUUUUGUAAUAUGUUUAUUAAUAAAGGAAUUUUUGAGAAUUGGUAUAAA